CUGGCCGCAGGGUCUCCCUGCCCCCCCUCCCCUUCCCUUCGUGUAGCGCUAGGAGAUCUCUGGUCAUCCCCCACCCCCAUCCCCCGGAGGACGCGGCUCUGCGGGAGGGAGGAGAAUACAGCGAAGCUAGGGGUUUGGCAGUGCGGCGGCGACCGCCGCGAUGGAGAACCCGGUACGGCUCCACCGCCAGCAGUAGCGGUGCAAACUGACUAGAGCAGGCGCGAGAACCGCUCCCCCCGGCAGGCUGCGCUGUGAUCUGGGCUGCGCGUUGGGACCUCGCUCCCGGGUUCCCCACCCCUCCCGCCGCCAUCCUCCUCCGACUCCCCUCCUCCGCCGCCAACCCGCAGCAGUGGCGGCGUCCUGAGCGCCUAGCGCCUCCGCUCGCCGCCCUAGCCUCAGCCAGGAGCACGCGGCGAGCACUGCGGCGGAGGCGGCGGGGUGGCCAGCUCGUCCCUCGGCUUGAAAGGAAGACCACGGAGGACUCGUCGGGUGCAGGGGAGCAUCGCUGACCAAGGCAAGGGACGGACAUGUGAUAUGAUGAGUGUGACUAUGGGACACUGUAUGGGUACAAAGCCUCCUUCUUGCAUCAUCCUCCUGCUCCUGAAGCUGUUUGCCACUGUCUCCCAGGGGCUGCCAGGGACAGGGCCCCUGGGCUUCCACUUCACACACGCCACCUAUAAUGCUACAGUGUAUGAGAACUCAGCAGCGCGGACCUAUGUCAACAGCCAGAGCAGAAUGGGCAUCACCUUAAUAGACCUGUCCUGGGAUAUCAAGUACAGAAUAGUGUCUGGUGAUGAGGAAGGAUUUUUCAAAGCUGAGGAGGUCAUCAUUGCAGAUUUCUGCUUUCUCAGGAUAAGAACUAAAGGUGGCAAUUCUGCCAUACUGAACAGGGAAAUCCAAGACAAUUAUUUAUUAAUUAUAAAAGGUUCAGUCAGAGGAGAAGACUUGGAAGCAUGGACCAAAGUGAACAUCCAGGUUUUAGACAUGAAUGACUUGAGGCCUCUGUUUUCACCCACCACCUACUCUGUCACCAUCGCAGAAAGCACACCACUCAGGACUAGCGUUGCCCAGGUGACAGCUACAGAUGCAGACAUCGGUUCCAAUGGAGAAUUCUACUACUACUUCAAAAACAAGGUUGAUCUUUUUUCAGUUCACCCCACAAGUGGUGUCAUCUCUUUAAGUGGAAGGUUAAAUUAUGACGAAAAGAACAGAUACGAUCUAGAAAUCUUAGCAGUGGACCGGGGAAUGAAACUCUAUGGCAAUAAUGGAGUGAGCAGCACUGCCAAACUUUAUGUUCACAUUGAACGGAUAAAUGAACACGCUCCCAUUAUCCAUGUGGUCAGUCACACCCCCUUCUCACUGGACAAGGAGCCAACAUAUGCAGUAGUGACAGUGGAUGACCUGGAUGAGGGGGCCAAUGGAGAGAUCGAGUCUCUUUCCAUUGUGGAUGGAGAUCCUUUAGAGCAGUUCUUCCUAGCUAAAGAAGGAAAGUGGAUGAAUGAGUAUAAAGUCAAGGAGAGAAGGCAGGUGGACUGGGAAAGCUUCUCUUAUGGCUAUAACCUCACCAUUCAAGCAAAAGACAAAGGGUCACCUCAGAAGUUUUCAGAAUUAAAGACAGUCCACAUUGCCAACCCCAGGAAAGACAACAUCCCGGUCAGGUUUGAAAAAGAUAUCUAUGAAGUUAGCAUAAGUGAGUUUUCCCCGCCUGGUGUCAUGGUGGCCAUAGUCAAGGUAAGUCCUGAGCCACUGGAUGUGGAAUACAAACUAUUGCCUGGCAAGGAUUCAGAGUACUUCAAAAUUAAUCCCCGGUCAGGUCUGAUUGUCACAGCACAGCCCUUGAAUACAGUGAAGAAGGAAGUUUAUAAGCUGGAAGUAUCAGACAAGGAAGGAGAUGCAAAGGCACAAGUCACCAUUGGGAUUGAAGAUGCCAAUGACCACACCCCAGAAUUCCAGGAGACACUGUAUGAGACUUUUGUAAAUGAGAGUGUUCCUGUUGGUACAAAUGUUCUGACUGUGUCUGCCUCUGAUAAAGAUAAAGGGGAAAAUGGCUACAUCACCUACAGCAUCGCCAGCCUGAACCUUUUACCAUUUGCCAUUAAUCAGUUCACAGGUGUGAUCAGCACAACUGAAGAGUUAGAUUUUGAAUCCUCCCCAGAGACAUAUAGAUUCAUUGUUAGAGCCUCUGACUGGGGGUCCCCAUACCGUCAUGAAAGUGAGGUGAAUGUGACCAUUCGGGUAGGAAAUGUCAAUGACAACAGCCCUCUCUUUGAAAAAGUGGCUUGCCAGGGAGUUAUUUCAUAUGACUUUCCUGUUGGGGGUCACAUCACAGCCAUCUCUGCUAUUGAUAUUGAUGAACUUGAACUUGUAAAGUACAAAAUCGUUUCUGGAAAUGAACUUGGUUUUUUUUAUUUAAACCCAGACUCUGGUGUUUUGCAGCUUAAGAAGUCACUGAUGAAUUCUGGCAUUAAAAAUGGCAAUUUUGCCCUCAGAAUCACAGCUACUGAUGGGGAAAACUUCGCAGACCCCAUGGCCAUUAACAUCUCAGUCCUCCAUGGGAAAGUGUCUUCAAAGAGCUUCAGUUGCAGAGAAACUCGUGUGGCUCAGAAAUUGGCAGAGAAACUACUCAUUAAAGCAAAAGCUAAUGGGAAACUGAAUCUAGAAGAUGGAUUUCUUGACUUUUAUUCAAUUAAUAGGCAAGGACCGCAUUUUGACAAGUCUUUUCCCUCUGAUGUGGCUGUAAAGGAGGACAUGCCAGUUGGAACUAACAUUCUGAAGAUUAAAGCGUAUGAUGCUGACUCUGGCUUCAAUGGGAAGGUACUAUUUACAAUAUCAGAUGGAAAUACAGACAGCUGCUUCAACAUUGAUAUGGAGACUGGACAACUUAAAGUCCUCAUGCCCAUGGACCGAGAGCAUACUGACCUUUAUGUCCUCAACAUAACCAUCUAUGACCUUGGAAAGCCACAGAAAUCAUCAUGGCGAUUACUGACUGUCAAUGUGGAGGAUGCCAAUGACAAUAACCCAGUGUUUCUUCAGGACAGCUACUCAGUCAGCAUUCUUGAAAGUUCAAGUAUUGGCACGGAGAUUAUUCAAGUGGAAGCGAGAGACAAAGACCUGGGUUCUAAUGGUGAGGUAAUGUAUUCAGUCUUGACAGACACACACCAGUUUAUCAUCAAUAGCUCAACUGGGAUUGUUUACAUAGCUGAUCAAUUGGACAGAGAAUCCAAAGCCAACUAUUCUUUGAAAAUAGAAGCCAGGGACAAAGCAGAAAGUGGCCAGCAGCUGUUUUCUGUUGUCACUCUGAAGAUCUUUCUGGAUGAUGUCAAUGACUGCUCUCCAGCUUUUAUCCCCAGUAGCUACAGCGUGAAGGUCCUUGAAGAUCUUCCUGUUGGUACAGUCAUUGCUUGGCUUGAAACUCAGGAUCCUGACCUUGGAUUGGGGGGUCAAGUACGUUACUCGUUGGUCAAUGAUUAUAAUGGGAGAUUUGAAAUAGACAAAGCAAGUGGUGCCAUCCGCUUGAGCAAAGAGCUAGACUAUGAGAAGCAGCAAUUCUACAACCUGACAGUCAGGGCCAAAGACAAAGGGCGGCCUGUCUCUCUCUCAUCAGUUUCCUUUGUUGAGGUGGAGGUGGUAGAUGUCAAUGAAAACCUUCAUACGCCUUAUUUCCCAGACUUCGCUGUUGUUGGAUCUGUAAAGGAAAACUCACGGAUUGGAACAAGCGUGCUGCAGGUGACUGCCCAUGAUGAGGAUUCUGGUAGGGAUGGAGAGAUCCAGUACUCCAUCAGAGAUGGCAGUGGUCUUGGGAGGUUCAACAUAGAUGAUGAGAGUGGAGUCAUCACUGCUGCUGACAUUCUUGAUCGAGAGACAACAGCGUCAUACUGGCUGACAGUGUAUGCCACAGAUCGGGGUGUGGUCCCUCUCUAUUCCACCAUUGAGGUCUACAUAGAAGUAGAAGAUGUGAACGACAAUGCCCCACUGACCUCAGAGCCCAUCUAUUAUCCCGUUGUCAUGGAAAAUUCUCCAAAGGAUGUGUCUGUCAUUCAGAUACAAGCUGAGGACCCUGACUCUGGUUCCAAUGAAAAACUGACCUACAGGAUUACAAGUGGAAACCCACAGAACUUUUUUGCCAUCAAUAUCAAAACAGGUCUGAUUACCACGACUUCAAGGAAAUUGGAUCGAGAGCAGCAGGCGGAACAUUUUCUGGAGGUGACAGUGACGGAUGGCGGUUCUUCUCCUAAACAGUCAACCAUCUGGGUGGUGGUUCAGGUUCUGGAUGAAAACGACAACAGGCCCCAGUUCCCUGAGAAGGUUUACCAGAUCAAACUUCCAGAACGUGACCGCAAGAAGAGGGGUGAACCCAUUUACAGGGCAUUUGCGUUUGACAAAGAUGAAGGCCCCAAUGCAGAAAUCUCCUACAGUAUUGUGGAUGGGAAUGAUGAUGGAAAGUUUUUUAUUGACCCUAAAACUGGCAUGGUCUCUUCCAGAAAGCAAUUCACAGCAGGAAGUUAUGACAUCCUGACGAUCAAGGCUGUGGACAAUGGCCGCCCACAGAAAUCCUCCACUGCCCGCCUCCACAUCGAAUGGAUUAAGAAACCCCUGCCUUCGCCUAUACCAUUGACAUUCGAUGAACCAUUUUACAACUUCACCGUCAUGGAGAGUGACAAAGUAACCGAGAUUGUCGGGGUGGUGUCUGUGCAGCCAGCUAACACCCCUCUAUGGUUUGACAUCGUCGCUAAGCUGAACAGAAAGUGCUCUCUGGCUGGAUCUCUCCAUAGUGGCAAGCAUGCUCGAGAGAUGUUCUAUAUUCUACAGACAGCUUGUGGGCAGAACUGUUCAACAGAAGGGGGGAAUUUUGACAGCUCUUUUGAUGCAGAGAAGGGCGUUGGAACAAUUGUCAUUGCAAAGCCUUUGGAUGCAGAGCAAAGGUCGGUCUACAACAUGACUGUGGAGGUCACCGAUGGAACAAAUAUUGCUGUCACUCAGGUAUUUAUCAAAGUGCUAGAUAAUAAUGAUAAUGGCCCAGAAUUCUCCCAGCCACAUUAUGAUGUGACAAUUUCUGAGGACGUGCUCCCUGAUACAGAGAUACUGCAGAUUGAGGCCACAGACAGAGACGAGAAACACAAGCUGAGCUACACCAUCCACAGUAGCAUCGAUGCCGUAAGCAUGAGGAAGUUCCGGAUGGACCCCAGUACAGGUGUGCUCUACACUGCUGAGAGACUGGACCAUGAAGCCCAGGACAAGCACAUCCUCAACAUAAUGGUCAGGGAUCAGGAAUUUCCUUACCGAAGAAACUUGGCCCGAGUCAUUGUGAACGUGGAGGACGCUAACGACCACAGCCCUUACUUUACCAAUCCGCUGUAUGAAGCAUCAGUGUUCGAAUCAGCUGCCCUGGGAUCAGUUGUUCUGCAAGUGACAGCUCUGGACAAAGACAAGGGGGAAAAUGCAGAACUCAUAUAUUCCAUUGAAGCAGGGAACACGGGGAAUACAUUUAAGAUUGAACCAGUUCUGGGCAUCAUUACCAUUUCCAAAGAGCCAGACAUGGCAGCCAUGGGUCAGUUUGUCCUGUCAGUGAAAGUCACAGACCAGGGCUCGCCACCAAUGUCUGCCACUGCAAUUGUACGCAUCUCCAUCAGCAUGUCUGAUAACUCCCACCCCAAGUUCACUCACAAAGACUACCAAGCUGAAGUAAAUGAAAAUGUGGAUAUUGGAACAUCUGUCAUCCUGAUUUCAGCCAUCAGCCAGUCGACCCUCAUCUACGAAGUCAAAGAUGGAAACAUCAAUGGAGUCUUUACCAUAAAUCCAUAUUCUGGAGUCAUCACCACUAGGAGAGCUCUGGAUUAUGAACAUACCUCUUCCUAUCAACUCAUCAUUCAGGCCACUAACAUGGCAGGCAUGGCUUCCAAUGCCACUGUCAGUGUGCAGAUUGUGGAUGAAAACGAUAACCCCCCUGUUUUUCUCUUUUCUCAAUAUUCAGGCAGCCUGAGUGAGGCUGCCCCCAUCAACAGCAUUGUCAGGAACCUAGACAACAGCCCCCUGGUGAUCCGAGCCACGGAUGCUGACAGUAACCAAAAUGCACUUCUGGUGUAUCAGAUUGUGGAGUCCACUGCCAAGAAGUUCUUCACAGUGGACUCCAGCACAGGAGCCAUCAGAACAAUUGCCAACCUAGACCAUGAAGUUAUCGCGCACUUCCACUUCCAUGUACAUGUGAGAGACAGCGGGAACCCACAGCUAACCGCAGAAAGUCCGGUUGAAGUCAACAUUGAGGUGACAGAUGUCAAUGAUAAUCCACCCGUGUUCACUCAGGCUGUGUUUGAAACUGUCUUACUUCUCCCCACCUACGUGGGUGUGGAGGUUCUGAAGGUGAGCGCCACAGACCCUGACUCUGAAGUACCCCCUGAACUGACAUAUAGUCUCAUGGAAGGGAGUGUGGAUAAUUUUCUAAUGGACCCAAAUACUGGAGUGCUCACCAUUAAAAAUAAUAAUCUCUCCAAAGACCACUACAUGCUGAUAGUCAGAGUAUCUGAUGGGAAGUUCUACAGUACUGCCAUGGUCACCAUCAUGGUUAAAGAAGCCAUGGACAGUGGCCUCCACUUCACACAAAGCUUUUACUCCACCUCCAUCUCAGAGAACAGCACAAACAUAACCAAAGUUGCUAUUGUCAAUGCAGUUGGAAACCGCCUUAACGAGCCCUUAAAAUACAGCAUCUUAAACCCAGGAAAUAAAUUCAAGAUAAAAUCUACCUCAGGAGUCAUUCAGACCACAGGAGUACCCUUUGACCGCGAAGAACAGGAGUUAUAUGAGUUGGUGGUGGAAGCCAGUCGUGAGCUAGACCAUUUGCGUGUGGCCAGGGUGGUAGUCAGAGUUAACAUCGAAGAUGUUAACGAUAACUCUCCUGUCUUUGUGGGCCUUCCUUACUAUGCUGCUGUGCAAGUUGAUGCUGAGCCAGGAACUCUGAUAUACCGGGUAACAGCCAUCGACAAAGAUAAAGGUGCCAAUGGAGAAGUGACCUAUGUCUUGCAGGAUGACUAUGGUCACUUUGAAAUUAACCCUAAUUCAGGGAAUGUGAUUUUAAAAGAAGCAUUCAACUCAGAUCUCUCCAACAUUGACUAUGGAGUCACCAUUCUCGCCAAGGAUGGUGGCAAUCCAUCUCUGUCCACAUUUGUGGAACUUCCCAUCACCAUUGUUAACAAAGCAAUGCCCGUGUUUGAUAAACCCUUUUAUACAGCAUCAAUCAAUGAAGACAUCACAAUGAACACUCCCAUUCUCAGCAUCAACGCCACUAGCCCAGAAGGUCAGGGCAUCAUAUACCUCAUCAUCGAUGGAGAUCCCUUCCAACAGUUCAACAUUGACUUUGACACUGGGGUCCUAAAAGUCAUUAGUCCUUUGGAUUAUGAAGUCACAUCAGUUUACAAGUUGACAGUGAGAGCUAGUGAUGCUCUUACAGGUGCCAGAGCUGAAGUCACUGUGGACCUGCUAGUGGAUGACAUCAAUGAUAACCCUCCUGUCUUUGAUCAGCCCACUUACAACACAACACUAUCUGAAUCAUCUCUUAUUGGAACACCCGUUCUGCAACUUGUCUCAACUGACGCAGACUCAGGAAACAACAAGCUGGUGCAUUAUCAGAUUGUCCAGGAUACUUACAAUAGCACAGAUUACUUUCACAUAGAUAGCUCAAGUGGCUUAAUCCUGACAGCACGGAUGCUAGACCAUGAGUUGGUGCAGCACUGUACCUUGAAAGUCACAGCAACUGAUAAUGGUUUUCCAUCCCUGAGCAGUGAAGUCCUGGUUCAGAUCUACAUUUCUGAUGUUAACGACAACCCCCCGGUUUUUAAUCAACUCAUUUAUGAAUCUUAUGUUAGUGAACUAGCUCCCAGGGGUCAUUUUGUAACCUGUGUGCAAGCCUCAGAUGCAGACAGCUCUGACUUUGACCGGUUGGAAUACAGCAUUUUAUCUGGGAAUGAUCGAACCAGCUUUCUGAUGGACAGCAAGAGUGGAGUUCUCACACUGUCUAGCCACCGGAAGCAGCGCAUGGAGCCUCUGUACAGUCUCAACGUGUCUGUGUCUGAUGGACUGUUUACUAGCACUGCUCAGGUUCACAUCAGGGUCCUUGGGGCGAAUUUGUAUAGCCCUGCCUUUUCACAGAGCACAUAUGUAGCUGAGGUAAGAGAGAAUGCAGCCUCUGGGACAAAGGUUAUUCAUGUCCGAGCCACAGAUGGGGAUCCAGGAACAUAUGGACAGAUCAGCUAUUCCAUCAUCAAUGACUUUGCCAAGGAUCGGUUCCUCAUAGACAGCAAUGGACAGAUCAUCACAACAGAAAGACUAGACCGUGAAAACCCCCUGGAAGGAGAUAUUAGUAUUUAUCUGAGGGCCUUGGAUGGCGGAGGGAGAACUACGUUCUGCACUGUACGGGUGAUUGUGGUGGAUGAGAACGACAACGCCCCUCAGUUCUUGACAGUGGAAUACAGAGCCAGCGUCAGGGCUGACGUAGGAAGGGGCCACUUGGUCACUCAAGUUCAAGCUUUGGAUCCAGAUGAUGGAGCAAAUUCUAGAAUUACAUAUUCCCUCUAUAGCGAGGCCUCAGUAUCAGUGGCUGACCUCUUGGAAAUUGAUCCUGAUAAUGGCUGGAUGGUGACCAAAGGCAAUUUUAACCAACUAAGAAGCACUGUGCUGUCCUUCUUUGUGAAGGCAGUAGAUGGUGGCAUUCCAGUCAGACACUCCCUCAUUCCCGUCUACAUCCACGUCUUGCCUCCUGAAACAUUUCUGCCUUCCUUCACCCAGUCACAGUACUCCUUUACCAUUGCAGAAGAUACAGCCAUUGGAAGCACAGUAGACACAUUAAGGAUUUUGCCCAAUCAAAGUGUCCGGUUCAGCAUGGUUAAUGGAGAACGGCCAGAGAAUAACAAAGAGGGUGUCUUCAUCAUAGAACAAGAGACAGGUGCUAUCAAGCUUGACAAGCGCCUUGAUCAUGAAGUCAGCCCAGCUUUCCACUUUAAAGUAGCAGCUACUAUACCCUUGGACAAGGUGGACAUUGUAUUCACUGUGGAUGUAGAUGUCAAGGUAUUGGAUCUGAAUGACAACAAGCCAGUCUUUGAAACCUCGACCUACGAGACAAUCAUAAUGGAAGGGAUGCCUGUUGGCACCAAGCUUGCCCAGGUGAGAGCCAUAGACAUGGAUUGGGGAGCCAAUGGGCAGGUCACUUACUCCCUACACUCAGAUUCCCAUCUUGAAAAGGUAAUAGAGGCAUUCAAUAUUGACAGCAACACGGGAUGGAUCAGUACACUGAAGGACCUGGACCAUGAGACAGACCCUGCCUUCUCCUUCUUCGUGGUGGCUUCCGACCUCGGAGAGGCUUUCUCUCUUUCUUCCAUGGCUCUGGUCUCAGUCAAGGUGACAGAUAUAAAUGACAAUGCACCAGUCUUUGCUCAUGAGGUGUACCGAGGAAAUGUGAAGGAGAGCGACCCACCAGGGGAGGUGGUAGCUGUUCUCAGCACCUUGGACAGAGACACCUCCACCAUAAAUCGCCAAGUGAGCUACCACAUUACAGGAGGGAACCCCCGAGGACGGUUUGCCCUGGGCAUGGUACAGAGUGAGUGGAAGGUCUAUGUGAAGAGGCCUCUGGAUCGAGAGGAACAAGACAUGUACUUCCUCAAUAUCACUGCCUCUGAUGGACUCUUUGUCACACAGGCCAUGGUAGAAGUGACUGUCAGUGAUGUAAAUGACAACAGCCCAGUGUGUGAUCAGGUUGCAUAUUCAGCAUCACUUCCUGAAGACAUUCCAUCAAAUAAAAUCAUCCUGAAGGUCAGUGCCAAGGAUGCGGAUAUUGGAUCCAAUGGAGAUAUACGAUACUCACUCUAUGGAUCUGGAAACAAUGAAUUUUUUCUAGAUCCAGAAAGUGGUGAGUUAAAAACCUUGGCCGUGUUGGACCGAGAGAGGGUCCCGGUAUACAACCUGAUCGCCAGGGCCACUGAUGGAGGCGGCCGCUUCUGCAGCUCCAGUGUCCUCCUGCUCCUGGAAGAUGUGAAUGAUAACCCCCCUGUGUUUUCUUCCAACCACUACACUGCAUGUGUCUAUGAGAACACGGCCACUAAGGCUCUGCUGACCAGAGUGCAAGCUGUGGACCCUGAUGUUGGCAUUAACAGGAAGGUCGUGUACUCCCUGGAGGACUCAGCCAGUGGAGUCUUCUCCAUCGACAGCUCCUCCGGUGUCAUAGUUCUGGAACAGCCUCUAGAUCGAGAGCAGCAGUCAUCCUAUAAUAUCAGUGUGCGGGCUACAGACCAGAGUCCUGGACAGUCCCUCUCCUCUCUCGCCUCUGUCACCAUCACUGUCCUGGACAUUAAUGACAACCCUCCUGUGUUUGAAAGGAGAGACUACCUGGUAACAGUGCCUGAGGACACUUCCCUUGGUACCCAAGUCCUGUCUGUUUUUGCCACCAGCAAAGAUAUUGGCACAAAUGCUGAGAUAACCUAUCUCAUCCGGUCUGGAAACGAACAAGGGAAAUUUAGGAUCAACCCAAAGACAGGGGGUAUUUCUGUCUUGGAAGCUCUGGACUAUGAAAUGUGCAGAAGAUUUUACCUGGUGGUGGAAGCUAAAGAUGGGGGCACCCCAGCCCUCAGCACUGCAGCCACAGUCAGCAUUGACCUCACAGAUGUAAAUGAUAACCCUCCUCGGUUCAGCCAAGAUGUCUACAGUGCUGUCAUCAGCGAGGAUGCCUUAGAGGGGGACUCUGUCAUUCUGCUGAUAGCAGAAGAUAUGGAUAGCAAGCCUAAUGGACAGAUUCGUUUUUCCAUCGUGGGUGGAGAUAGGGACAAUGAAUUUGCUGUCGAUCCCAUCUUGGGACUUGUGAAAGUUAAAAAGAAACUGGACCGGGAGAGGGUGUCAGGAUAUUCCCUGCUCAUCCAGGCAGUAGAUAGUGGCAUUCCUGCAAUGUCCUCAACAACAACUGUCAACAUUGAUAUUUCUGAUGUGAAUGACAACAGUCCAGUGUUUACACCUGCCAACUACACUGCUGUGAUCCAGGAAAAUAAGCCAGUGGGCACCAGCAUCUUGCAGCUUGCGGUGACAGACAGAGACUCAUUUCACAAUGGGCCUCCCUUUUCCUUCUCUAUUUUGUCGGGAAAUGAAGAUGAGGAGUUCAUGCUGGACUCCCAUGGGAUCCUACGGUCUGCAGUGGUCUUCCGGCACAUGGAGUCCCCAGAGUACCUACUGUGCAUACAGGCAAAAGACUCAGGAAAACCCCAGCAAGUUUCUCACACCUACAUCCGUGUCCGGGUUAUUGAAGAAAGCACCCACAAACCCACAGCCAUCCCUCUGGAAAUUUUCAUUGUCACCAUGGAGGAUGAUUUUCCUGGUGGUGUCAUUGGAAAGAUCCAUGCCACAGAUCAGGACAUGUAUGACGUGCUCACGUUCGCCCUGAAGUCAGAGCAGAAGAGCUUGUUCAAAGUGAACAGUCACGAUGGAAAAAUCAUUGCUCUGGGAGGACUGGACAGCGGGAAGUAUGUCUUGAACGUGUCUGUGAGUGACGGCCGCUUCCAAGUGCCCAUUGAUGUCGUUGUGCACGUGGAGCAGCUGGUGCAUGAGAUGCUGCAAAACACUGUCACCAUCCGCUUUGAGGAUGUGUCCCCCGAGGACUUUGUGGGGCUGCACAUGCAUGGGUUCCGGCGCAUUCUGAGGAAUGCGGUCCUCACCCAGAAACAGGACAGCCUGCGCAUCAUCAGCAUUCAGCCCGUUGUAGGUACCAACCAGCUGGACAUGCUGUUCGCUGUGGAGAUGCACAGCAGCGAGUUUUACAAGCCAGCCUACCUGAUCCAGAAGCUGUCCAAUGCCAGAAGACACUUGGAGAAUGUCAUGCAUAUAGCAGCCAUCCUAGAAAAGAACUGCUCGGGGCUGGACUGUCAGGAGCAGCACUGUGAGCAGGGAUUGUCACUGGAUUCCCACGCACUCAUGACCUACAGCACAGCUCGCAUCAGCUUCGUGUGUCCACGUUUCUAUAGGAACGUGCGCUGCACCUGUAAUGGAGGAGUGUGCCCCGGGUCCAACGAUCCUUGUGUGGAAAAACCGUGUCCAGAGGACAUGCAAUGUGUGGGUUAUGAGGCCAGCAGGAGACCAUUUCUUUGCCAGUGUCCACCAGGGAAACUCGGAGAGUGCUCAGGGCACACUUCUCUCAGCUUUGCUGGGAACAGUUACAUCAAGUAUCGGCUUUCUGAAAAUAGCAAAGAAGAGGACUUCAAGCUAGCUCUGCGCCUGAGAACCCUGCAAAGCAAUGGAAUCAUAAUGUACACUCGGGCCAACCCCUGCAUGAUUCUGAAGAUUGUGGAAGGCAAGCUGUGGUUCCAGCUGGACUGUGGCAGCGGCCCUGGGAUCCUGGGCAUCUCCAGCCGUGCUGUCAAUGAUGGGAGCUGGCACUCUGUCUUCUUGGAGCUCAAUCGCAAUUUCACCAGCCUGGCCCUGGAUGACAGCUAUGUAGAGCGUCGCAGGGCUCCCCUGUACUUCCAGACGCUAAGCACCGACAGUGCCAUCUUCUUUGGUGCGCUGGUGCAGGCCGAUAAUGUCCGCAGCCUGACGGACACGCGUGUUACGCAGGUCCUCGGUGGCUUCCAGGGUUGCCUGGACUCCGUGGUGCUCAAUCACAACGAGCUACCCCUCCAAAACAAGCGCAGCAGCUUCGCGGAGGUCGUGGGUCUGACGGAGCUGAAGCUGGGCUGUGUGCUCUACCCAGACGCGUGCCAACGCAGCCCCUGUCUGCACGGGGGCAGCUGCAGCAGCUUGCCCUCUGGUGGCUAUCAGUGUUCCUGUCUCUCGCAGUUCACGGGGACAAACUGUGAAUCCGAGAUCACAGCCUGCUUCCCUAACCCUUGCCGGAAUGGAGGAUCCUGUGACCCCAUAGGAAACACCUUCGUCUGCAGCUGUAAAGCCGGCCUCACAGGUGUCACGUGCGAGGAUGACGUGGACGAGUGUGAGCGAGAAGAGUGUGAGAACGGGGGUGCCUGUGUCAACCUGUUCGGCUCCUUCUUCUGCAACUGCACCCCAGGCUAUGUAGGCCAGUACUGUGGCUUGCGCCCUGUGGUUGUGCCCAACAUCCAGGCUGGCCACUCAUACGUGGGAAAGGAGGAGCUGAUAGGCAUCGCUGUAGUCCUCUUCGUCAUCUUCACCCUUAUCGUACUCUUCAUCGUCUUUCGUAAGAAGGUCUUCCGAAAGAACUACUCUCGCAACAACAUCACAUUAGUGCAGGACCCGGCCACAGCUGCACUGCUGCAUAAGAGCAACGGUAUCCCCUUCCGCAGCCUGCGUGCAGGAGAUGGGCGCAAUGUGUACCAAGAGGUGGGGCCCCCACAGGUGCCGGUGCGCCCCAUGGCCUACACGCCCUGUUUCCAGAGUGACUCCAGGAACAAUCUGGACAAGGGCCUGGAUGUACUGGGUGGUGAGCCGCAGGAGAUGAGCACGUUCCACCCAGAAUCCCCACGCAUCCUGACAGCAAGGCGAGGUGUGGUGGUGUGCAGUGUGGCCCCCAACCUACCAGCUGUGUCACCCUGCCGCUCAGACUGCGACUCCAUCCGGAAGAAUGGCUGGGACACAGGAUCGGAAAACAAAGGGACUGAAGACACAGGAGAAGUGACCUGCUUCACGAACAGUAACAAAGGCAGCAACUCUGAAGUUCACUCCCUCAGCUCCUUUCAGUCAGAUUCUGGAGAUGACAAUGCAUCCAUAGUGACUGUCAUUCAACUUGUCAACAAUGUAGUUGACUCUAUAGAGAAUGAAGUGUCUGUUAUGGACCAAGGACAGAAUUACAACCGAGCCUAUCACUGGGACACCUCUGAUUGGAUGCCUGGGGCACGACUGUCAGAUAUCGAAGAAAUGCCCAACUAUGAGAGCCAGGAUGGAGGGGCACCACACCAGGGUAGCACACGGGAGCUGGAGAGUGACUACUACCUAGGUGGAUAUGACAUUGAUAGUGAAUACCCGCCACCUCACGAAGAAGAGUUCCUGAGCCAGGAUCAGCUCCCCCCACCACUGCCUGAGGACUUCCCUGACCAGUAUGAGGCCCUGCCUCCCUCCCAGCCCACCUCGCUCACGGGCACCAUGAGCCCAGACUGCAGGAGAAGGCCCCGGUUUCACCCCAGUCAGUACCUCCCUCCUCACCCACUCCCCGGUGAAACGGAUUUGGGGGGCCCAUCCUCCAGCUGUGAUUUUAGUACUUUUGCAGUAAACAUGAACCAGGGCACAGAGGUCAUGGCCCCCACUGACAGUGUGCCUCUGCCCUUGCACAAUUCCAGAGGCACCUCAUCUUCAGAGAUGUCAGCCCACUGUGGCUUUGAUGAUUCUGAGGUAGCCAUGAGUGACUACGAGAGCGCAGGCGAGCUCAGCCUCACCAACAUUCACAUUCCCUUUGUGGAAACACAGCAGCAGACCCAGGUGUAGAGGAUACACCUAGGUGCUGGGCCCUGACUAUUAAAGCAUGGAAGGAAAUAAGCUGCACCUGUGUUGGAUGGAGAGCAGUCCGUGGAAAUGUGGAUUUCCUAUGAGGAACACCUUCGAAAGUCUUUCUGUCACAAGCAAGCUUAACUCCCAGAGUGACAAGGAGAGGCUCAGAAUUGUUUUGGGGGGAAAGGGGAGUGGACAAUCCUUGUUGUGGGUGUUUGUGGACUGGAAUGCAAAGGAGAAGAAAUUAAUUUACUAAGUUUAAAUGGGAGAUCAUGAAUGGCUUUGUGCAUUAUUGUGACCCAGAAAGUAUGAAACCGGAGUUCCUUUGCAGUAUUUACCCCGCCACCAUCACAGGGGCAUCAUUGCAUGUGAUUUGGAGCCAAGGAUGUGAGAAUAGUAGAGAUGUCUGUCAGAAAAGUUAGUGUUCUAGAUGAAAGAAAAGUGAGCGCAAAACACGAGGGUGGGCGGAAGCCUUUGAAACCAACUCUGUUGUUUAAAGGAGCUGCCUAAUUUUCAGCUAUAAAAUUAGGUUUCAGUAACAUGCUCAGUGUGCUCAGGUUUGUUUUUUUUCUCACUUGUGUUAAGCAUCCAAUAUAAUGUUGUUGGGUUUUGUGAUCUCUGAGAAAGUUACCAUGAAAGAGCAAUAAGAAGCUGUCCAGGGGGUGGGUUGUGGGAGGUUAAGGUUCAAUCAUUAGAAAAAUGGUGGCGAUCUUGUUUUUGUGUUUCCUGUCAAAUAUUCCUGGCCAUAUCUAUGGUUCUAACAUUGCUGCCAAAACUGGGCCUUGUUGGUAUAUCGCUCUCUAGGAUGCGGUGUUUUUGAAAGUCUAAGCAGAAUUCACAAUUCGGAGGAGAGGGGAGUUGAUACGGUCGAAGGUUUCAGCCUAGGUAAUCACAAUUCUGCACACCACAGGUGAAAGUUGUGUGUGUUAUUCUAAACUGGUAAUGAUAUCAUUAUAAAUACUCUUAGGUUUUUAAGAAGAAAGUAGGUAAUGACUAUGUAUACAUUAAAUUGUGUGUGUAUGUGAGUGUGUGUAUGCGUGUGUGUGUGCAUGCGUGCGUGUGAGGAGGACCUAGAUAUCACUCUGAGUGUGCACUCACUACAGCUGCUCUUGAGGAAGCUGCCCCAAAGGGUUUAGGAUUCAGUGUUAGAAAUCUUGAGGUGAGCAAGGCCCGCUCACCUUCGAUUUCUCUGAUCUUUAGUGAUACAGGAACACCAAAUGCCAUAUCUUACUCCAAUUCAGUUAACCUUAUUUUAGUACUGCCAUUUAUAUUAACUUAAAGCAAGUACUGGGAUUUUUUUAAAGACAGUGUUUUAUAAUUUUCAGAACUACUAUUUGAAACUGUGUAACAUUUGAUUACAAGCUAGGGUUUCCCUCCCAUCUAACAGGUGGGCCUCGGCCAUAACAGAAUGCUCUUCCCACUAAAAAUACAAAAGCCCAACAUCCUAAAGUUAAGGUUAGCAGUGGAGUUGACUUUCCUCUCUUACUUUGAUCAGCCGUGGCCACCGCCUUUGCAGUGGCCAUGGGAAAUGAAUGCAUAUUUGCACAUCUGCCUCAUGAGCAAAUCUCUGUAUGGAUGGUUCCUAGUGACACCAGCAUCGGUGUGUGAAGGGAACUAUCUGAGAUCUACCCCAAUCAUCUCCUCAAUUGUCUCUAAUCCUCUUACUUCGUUGUAAGAGUCAGUGUUUCUGAAUAUCUGUCAUUAAAAGAAAAAUCCCUUUCAUUCCCAAACAUCCUGAGUUAGUAGAUACGCUUGUCGGGUCUCUCUGCACUUCUCUUCCAUUCUCUUGGUUAGACUCUCCACGGAGGCAUUAUCCCCACUGUGGUUUGAAAUAAAUGAAUUUCACUAAGGCCGCUUUCAAGAAUCAAGUCUUUAGUAUUUUUCUUACGUAAGAAGCACAUUUGCAAGAAUCACAAAGAAAAUGACAAACUAAUGGUCCAGAGUUGAAUCACUGCUGUGCUUUUAAUAACACAACAGCAUAAAACCAUCAAAGUAAAAACAACAAUUCAUUUCUUGCCCCCAGGAAAUAUGAGAUGAGAUCCAUGCCAAUGAGUCACCAGUGCUUAGCCAGCAUCUCUUCCAGAGAGAAUGCCUGGCUGACCCUAUAAUGAAGGCAUAAAUAGAGCUAUCUGCAGGCAGUGGUGGAGGCAUUGAAGAAAUCCCUGCCCAACCUCUCCUCUGACCUACAUAAAAUACUUCUUUCUUUAGGACAGCUUCCUGCUAAAUUUCGGCAGAAUAGUUCUAUAGACUUUAAGGAUGAGCACUGAGUCUAUCGGAUUACUUAUCUGUAAAUGUAUGAAAUCAAUUGUCUUUUUUAAAAAAAAAAAUUAGAUUUUCUUACAGAUUAGGAAACAGGGUGCAGUGAGCUCUACAAGCAACCAGGAGAAGUGGCCAGAGUUCUAAAGAAUUCAUCCUUAAAGUUCCCUGCUCUGGGUCCCAAUUUUACAAGAGAGGAAGCGUGCCCAGAGAGAGAAAGAGACUUGCCCAAACUCACACAGACACUAACUCAUUGACAAAACCUAUCACCUGUCCCUAGGCGCUAUUCCCCGUCCAUAACAUUGCUCACCGCUAAGCUGCCCUGAGCUGACAGCUGCUUCCUUCUGCUUAAUCUCUCACUUCCCACUUCCCUUCACUGAAAUAUGCAAGAAAACAAAACAAAUAGAGACCAUUUCUCUGUGGACUCUGGUGGGCCCAGAGAUAUGGACAUUCAUCACAAUGCUGCUUUUGCCAAAUGAAUGUUUCUAGAAUGGGGGUUCAGUAAGCACAGGAAUGUCUUCAGACUACAGUCAUCAAUGGUGGUGAAGCUGGUGGUGUGCAACACCCCCACCUGGUGUGUUUGACGGUUUUAAUGUUGCUUUCUUCUCAUGAGCUCUGCCUACCGGCUGUUCUUGUCCUGUCCACUAUGAUGGACAAUGUUAGCCAAUUAGUGAGUGUCUUUGUAUCUGUUGGAGAAAGUAUGGCACACGUGCUGGUCAGGCUGAGCCAAGCUGUCGAUCUUUGCCACCCUCUAAGCAGGAGCUAAGGGCUGUUAAGGAUAGACAGCAUGCUGCAUUUAUUCCCUUCUUCUGAGAGUAUUGCGCUGCUGAGCCUCAUCCCAUGCCUGCUUUCUGUGUACCCCUAUCCUGCCCACUCACACAAUGCAAUGGGAAAGUCAUAGCAAUAGAUGUAGGUCAAGGCCAUAAUCCUAGGGUUCAAGCUGUUGGAGUCACAGGAAGGGCUGGGUAGAUUCACCUGGGUCUACCACUGGAAAUCACUAUCCCAGAAGAAAAGGGAGACCAUGUCCCACUGGCCUUUAUCUGCUGACUGCCUAGCCACUAAGCUGUAUCACUUUGCUGAAGCUGGGAGGGCCAAAGCACAAACUAACAAACAAAGAGAAAGAUGGUAAAACACCCAGAAAACCCCUUCAGAUGAAAUACUUCAGGAUGAUCCAGCAUUCGAGUUCUGUGGGUGGCAUGGCUUUCUCACUGCUGCACACACUAGUCAUGUGGUUAGGUCUGGACAUUCUGUGCUUCGUGGGACAUGGGACUUCCAAGGGGUAUUUCUUCAGUGCCAUCUUUCUGUGUGGUCUGUGAGAAACUAGUGUGUGUUCUUGUUAGUGUGUGUCUUGCAACCUUCAGCUGCACAUCUCUGAUUCAGACCCACCUCUUUGAGCUUCCGGUUGUGUGUCGAACGAGGUUUAAAGUAGCCAUGCGUGGGUUUGGCAUCAGUGAAUAUUUAGCCAGCUGGCUAAGACAGGAAAAGAAGAAGGUAUUUCUUUCCUUAUGUAAUAAUGAAAAGCAAUAAUUACAAGUAUGUAACAAUACACAAAGGCCAUAAUUAGUCUCUUCCAGUGUUCAGGAUGCGCUAGAGAAUUCUGUAGUCAUUUGGAGUACGUUGGACCCAUUAGUAUGUCCUAUAGCACCCUUCAGUAAACAAAUACCUGAGUUGCUCCUAUUUAACAAUUUUAUGAGCCCAUACUACUGCAUUUCAGGAGUGACAGAUAUGUCUGGAAAUGGGGAGGGUUCUUGCAAAGCACUGUACCAGAGACCAUGUUGUACAUUUGUCUGUUAAAAACAGGCUGGUUUGUAAAAGAUGUAUGUUUUUGGUGUUUAAAAUGUUUAUAAAAUUGUAUAUAGUUGGUUUCAGUUUUCCAGGCGUUUGUAGAUACAGUAUCUAAUGCCUAUCUGGAUGCUUUCAUUUGGAGGGUCGAAUAGAAUUCUCAGUCAUCCACAUUGUUGUUCUACAAACUUUUGGGGUACACCCACAACAAAGAGGACUUUAGAUUUGAAAACAAUGGUUUUUAUUCAUUUUGAAAUGUAUUGUGUCUUUCCUUUGCUUCCACAGUUUUCAUUUAACUCCGUUUUCAAAAGAAGAAAAGUGUUUCUUUUUAAAAUGAAUGAGUUUUGCCCAGUUUUGAAGCACUCCACCUUCAUGCCAUUUCCUAGUCAGAGGGAGCUGUCAUUUCUUCAUACACAUGCACACUCACCUUGCCUCACACACACAUCACAAGCAACCUUAUGCAAACGGGAAAGUGAACAACACAUCAUUGAAUCUGUCCCUUAUAUAAAACAUACCACUGAAUCUGUCCCUUAUAUAAAACACACCACUGAAUCUGUCCCUUAUAUAAAUGCAUUAUUUCUACAGAUAUUGCUGUUGGCAGUAUUCAGUCUUGUGUUCUUUUCUUAAAAAAAAAAAAGAAAAAGAAAAAAGAAAGCAGAAAAGAAAUGGAAUAAAAACAAAAUAAAAU